AUUGUAUCUCCACUUGCCGUGGCGGACUUGAUGAGCGGGGUCGCUAAGUGCGGGCCGUGUCAAACGAUCGUCCGCUAUUUCUUUGCUCCUCUCGAGUACUUCUUCGUUUGGCUCUUGGUGCCUAACUACAAUCAUCUUCUCCGGCGCAUUUCCACGAGAGCAAGUCAACAGACGGACAAACAGAUACCCAGAAAGACCCAGCCCGCGUCGAAACCGUCGGACCGUUCGAAAUGGUCACCGAGCCAGAGGCGCAGGCUGUGGGGACAAGCUCUCCUCCGCUGGUGCAAGGUAAUCCUGGUACCAUGCUUGCCGUCGAUGAUGAUGCUGUUCACCAGGAUGAAGAUGAUGCCGACUCAACAAUCGGACUUGACAACGCUAGCGACACCGCCUCUCUGUCGUCUAGCAUCAUGGCCUAUCGCCAGGAGAAUGGCCGGACGUACCAUGCAUACAAGGAUGGCGUUUACGUCCUUCCUAAUGAUGAGACCGAGAACGAGCGAUUAGAUCUGCAGCACAACUUGUUGCUCCUGACCUUUGGCGGACUUCACUGUGCCACAUUAGACAAGCCUCCCCGUCGCGUGCUUGAUGCCGGCUGUGCCGACGAGCACCCCGAAUGCCAGGUAACAGGGAUCGAUCUCAGCCCUAUUCAACCGCCAUUUGUGCCUCCCAACGUUAGCUUUUUCGUGGAUGACCUAGAGGACGAAUGGAACUUUAGCAGCAAGUUUGACUUCAUUUUCUCUCGCUUCAUGACGGGCUCCAUCCGAAACUGGCCCAAGUACCUGAAGCAAUGCUACGAUUCCCUGGAACCUGGUGGUAUACUCGAGCUUAUGGAUAUCAUAUAUCCUCUCGAAUCCGAUGAUGGUACGCUCAAGGAGGAGCACCCCUCGUACAAGUGGUCCGUACUGCUACAAGAAGGCUUUGCAGGCGGCGGGCAUCCGCUCAACACCGCCCUCAGCUAUAAGGACUGGCUUCCAGAAGCUGGCUUUGUGGACGUCGUUGAAGUAAAGGAGAAGUGGCCUCUUAAUACCUGGGCUAAAGACCCCAAGUAUAAACAAAUCGGCCAAUGGACGCAUGAAAAUGGCAUGCUGGCCUUGGAACCUUUAAGCCUGGCUAUAUUCACACGCCCAAAGAGUGCAGGCGGGCUAGGCUGGAAUGUUGAAGAAUUACAGCUUCUUCUGAGCGGAGUCAGGAAAGACUUCAAGAAUCUGGGCAUCCAUUCGUACUGGCCGGUGUAUUCGGUAUACGCCAAGAAGCCUGAGUAACGAAAAUUUCUUCUCUAGGUUAUCAGUGCAUUGGGGAUUUGGAGGCGGCUAUUUGCAUAUCGAUUUCAGACUGAAAGCGCGCACACUUGAUUCUUAGUAGUCCAAUGCGAUUCGGCAUUUUUCUCGACAUUUUACCAUCUUGAAUUGAAUAUUUGGAAUUGUGCUUGGUUUAUGAGUUAUGAAUUAUCUCGGUAUUAAUCAAAUCAAUGAAUUCCCUAACUUGCACACCCAGGUC